AUGGCGAGCGUUCAGCCUGCGGCGGGUGCCGGAGCGCCAGCGUCUCACCCGUACACGUGCAACACCUGUCAGGUUGCCUACAGAAAUAUUGACUUACAAAAAGCACACAUGAAGAGUGACUGGCACCGAUAUAACCUCCAGCGCCGCGUCGCUACCCUCCCCCCCAUCUCCGCCGAAGUUUUCAGCGAAAAAGUGUUACAGGCCCGAGCCGCUACCACCGCCCAAACCGACAAGGCUUAUUUUGAAAAGUCUUGCGACGCCUGCAGCAAGACAUAUUAUAGCGAAAAUGCUUACCAAAAUCAUAUUCUCAGCCAAAAACACAAGCAGAACGAGGCUGCUGCUGGACCCCGCAACGAGGAGGAAACCAAGUCCGUUGUCAGCUCUACCUUUUCUCUGGGCGAGUCCGUUCCCGCUGCCAAGAACGGCGACGUCGAUUCUGACGCCGAGGACGAGUUCAACCAGGUGAUCAAAGGUCUUCAGAAAGCCAAAUUGUCUCAGCAGCGGCCCUCGCCCGUUAAGCGCCCCAACAACCCUGGCCCGACUGAUGAAGCCAGCGAAGAUGCUGAUGAUGGGGCGACUGAAAAUGGAACUGCCAACGGCACUGCUCCAGAGCCAGUUUGGACCCUCAAGUCUUGUCUUUUCUGCAACUACGAGUCGCCCAGCGUACCCCUCAACGCCCAGCACAUGGAAAAGUUUCACGGCAUGUUCAUUCCUGAAAAGCCCUACUUGGUAGAUUUGGAUGGUUUAUUGCAGCAGCUCCAGUCCAAGAUUGGACAAGGUCACGCGUGCUUGUUCUGCGACAAGGUCAAGGCUUCUGUAUACGCUACGCAGACGCAUAUGCGCGAUACUGGCCACUGCAAGAUUCCUUACAGCACUGAGGAGGAGCAACUCGAUAUCGGUGACUUUUACGAUUUCCGUGCGACAUAUUCUGACCCCGAGGGCUCGGACAGUGAUGACGAGAUGGCCGACGAGGACGCGGGUGGUGCUCGUGUUUCCAAGGCCAAGGCCAACGGCGAUGAUGACAAGGAGGAUGGUGAUGUGGACGGUGACGGGUGGGAAACUGAUAGCUCCGCAUCGUCGCUGGACUCUGCAGACCUCACGGCUGUACCGGCAGAGGGCCAUUACCACCAAUAUGAUAGACUCAGCAAGCACCCUCAUCACGCGCACGACGACCCACGGCCAAGACAUCAGGCCGACGGGUGGCAUUCGCGCGCGCACAAGCAUACGCAUGCCGUCUUUCACGACGACUAUGAACUUCAUUUGCCUUCGGGCAAAUCGGUUGGACACCGCUCGCUGAACAAGUACUACCGCCAGAACCUCACCAACUAUCCCACGCCCGAGGAGCGCGCGGAGCGUCUGGCAAUUGAGGGCUCGCAGCGCCCUGGCUCAGAUGACGAGAGUGAUGGCCGCUUGGUCCGCCGGGAGCGUGGCCGUGAACGCGCAGUGGUUCCGAGGGGAGCUGCUGGUAUGAUGGGGGCCUCUGACGAUGCAAAGAAGGCUGUUCGCAAGCAAGAGGUGCGCGCGCGCAAGCUGGAGAAUUACCAGACAAAGAAGCGAAGCCUCAAUCUCGGGGAGAUCAACAACAACCAGAAGUGCUACUACUACCGCUACGACGGUGGUGGUUAG